CGCGGCUGCAGAGGUUUGAAUACCACCGCGUAUCCCCACUCCGUGUCACGUGACUCAUUUUAGUUCAGCAACGUCCGGAUACAGCUCCAGAUGGCGUCUGGCACUCGUUUUACAAGAGGGGAGUCUGUGCCCCCUGGUAAAAAAGUGAUCGUAGUAUAGCUCAACAACAGAUCAGUAGUAUUUUCAAGUAGUAUAACUCAACAGGUGUAAAGAGCAAGAGAAGAAAAAAAAUCUUCAAUAUAUGGAUGACACGUGUAAACGUAUUUUAUAACUGAUUUUAAUUUAUUAGCCGGGAAAAUUUUGCCGGGAAAAUGAUACAUGUUCUGUCGCUGAAUAUAUUCAGUUCUUAAUGCUUGAACAACGACAAUAAAUAUUAUUAUUUUCGAGAUUAAUAUUAUAAAGGAUAUAAACUUAUACACAACUUAUACACAAACUUAUACACAAUGGGUGAUACAAGUACGGAAACGCUAACAGCCAACAUUGCGGAGAACGAAAAGGAUCCAUACGCAUAUCUUGAGAGGGAUGAUUUCACAUCUGAAAAAUACAAGAUAGAAGUCCGUGGUUUACCUAAAUAUUAUGGAAUUGGCGAGUUUAAGAAACUCUUGAACGAGAAGCUUGACUUGCAAUUGUGCAAGGUAAAGCCACCAAGAAAAGGUAAUAAAGCUAGUGGCUGGCUGUAUGUGUGUUUUAGAAGUGAAGAGUGUCGACAACGGGCAAUAAGUACCAUAAAUGGAACUUUAUGGAAAAAUAGUAAACUUACUGCACAGGUAGCAAAGCCAGCACCAGAUCCUUUUGUAAAAAAAAAACUAGAAACUGCUAGCAAACGUUUUAAAAGUGAUGAAGAAAAUCAAAAUUGUUCCCCCAUGGAACGGAUUAAACUUUCUACCACUCCUUUGUGGAAUAUGCCAUAUGAGAACCAACUAGAGUUUAAGCAGAAGGAGAUGAGAUCUAUUCUGAUAAAAAUCGGCCAGCAAAUGCUCAAGGAAAGCAGAGGACUGACUGAUUGGAUAAAUUCACAGAGGAAAUUAUACAAUGGGUUGCCUUGUGAAUUGCAGAAUAUCCUUUCAGCCAAUGUUACUGAAGCAUACAGGAACAAGUGCGAAUUUACAAUCGGCAGAGGCAGUGAGCGGAACGAAAUCAUGAUAGGAUUCAGAUUGUCGAGUUACACUUCCGGUUCUACCGCGGUCGGACCUAUCGAUGAUCUAUGUCACAUUCCUCAAAAUAUGAAGACAGCUGUGAAGAUAUUGGAAACAUUUAUAUGCGAAUCCGAUCUAGAACCUUUCAAUCCUGUGGAUCAUAGUGGAUACUGGAGACAAGUUGCUGCUCGCACCACUCGCGCCGGUCAUUUGAUGUUGAUAGUAGGAAUACAUCCUCAGGAUCUGAGCGGUGAUGAACUGGAGAAAUUAAGGUCGCAGCUACGAACGUUCUUCGAAACGGGAGAGGGCGCGAAGGCGUGCGUCACAUCGUUAUACUUUCAAACGAUAGACAAGAAGGGUAUAGGCGGCGAGAGUAACGACACGUUGUAUCACGUGAGCGGCACGGAGUAUAUCGAGGAGACACUGCUCGGCAUGAAAUUUCGAGUUUCGCCCCAAGCAUUUUUCCAAGUGAACACAUUAGGCGCAGAAGUGUUGUAUAAGGCGGUGAUCGAUCUCGCUGAAUCUACGACGGACACGGCGUUGCUGGAUGUGUGCUGCGGCACUGGGACCAUAGGCCUCUGCUUCUCGAAACAUUGCGGCGAGGUGCUGGGAAUUGAAGUCAUUCCCGACGCCAUAAAGGAUGCGAAGGAGAACGCGAUCAAGAACGGCGUGACAAAUUGCGAGUUCUUCGUCGGGAAAGCGGAGGACAUUUUAUCGCCUGUCAUUCAAAGGGCAACCAGGUCCAAUAUCACCGCCGUCGUGGACCCGCCACGAGCCGGCUUACAUCAGAAGGCUUUAUUGACGCUGCGCAAAGUGAAAAAGUUGAGUAGAUUGGUGUACAUAUCGUGCGACCCACGCGCUGCUAUGAAAAAUUUAGUUGACUUAGCGCGACCUAGUUCGAAGCAAUACCUCGGUGAACCCCUGGUGCCGGUAAAGGCCAUCGCGGUGGACAUGUUCCCUCAUACUAAACAUUGCGAAUUGAUAUUGUGCCUUGAGAGACUGUCACAGGCAAUGAAAUCAAACGAACGUACGUCCUAAGGAGACACGGCGAAGCGAGAGAGAGAGAGAGAGAGAGAGAGAGAGAGAGAGAGAGAGAGAGAGAGAGAGAGAGAG